AUGUAUCGGCCAAAUUCAAAAUGGACAUGGGCCUUCUCCCUUAUCGCCUUGGUCCAGGCCAUGAUCAUUCUGGCAUUUGAGAGCUAUGUCUUUGCUCACUUCCAGAUACACCUCGAAAGCAUCCCGGGCAACCAGACGUCGACUCGUACAAUCCCGACAUUCUUGACCUUGUAUAUUUUCGGAUUUCUCUAUCAGCUAGUCCUCGUCUGGGACGCUUUGCGGAUGAAAAAUACCAUUCAGGUCAUUGGCUUGGUCAUGUACAAUGUCGGCCUGCUCAUCUAUGGCUCCGUGCAGAUGGACCAGAUCAGAGAAGCAAUUCUGCAGCUGGCCGAAGAUGAUUAUAUCCGUAAGAACAUUUGGUCAGAUACCGAACCAUUUUUGAUCGCCAUCCCGUGCAUUUUGGCGGUCGGCACAGUGCUCAUGGCCGGCUGCGCCUGGAAGCUGUAUGACGAAUUUGCCUGGACAAUUUACAAACGCAUCUCGGCCGACUUGAGAAUGAAACGACGCUAUCUUCAAUACCAGGUCUACAUCGCCCUGUUGAAGUUCGAUUUCUUCUUCUUCCUCGGAUUUACUGUCCAAUUCGUGGUCAUUGUCACCCAACGACAAAUCGAGUUCGCCCUCACCAUUGCAGCUAUGCCUGUCACCAUUUUCAUCCUUCUGGCUGCCGCCUGGUUCGUCCGGAAAGAGUCUCUCUUGGGCACCCUUGUUAUUAUUGUACUUUACUUCGGCGGUCUAGCCUAUUUCAUUUUCAAGAUGGUCCGCAUGUACUCCCCGGGGUGGGAAGUUCCUUAUCUGCCGGCGCGAAAGGAACUCACCACUUUUGCUGUCUUGACCAUCAUCUUGAUCCUUGUCACCAUUACCUACGCUUGCGUUUGCGCACACAACUAUAACACAGGACUGAAGCCCUAUGUCAACAAGCCGCAGAACAUCGAGGAUGAUGAGAAACCCAUGGCAGGAAGCGCAUAUGCUCCUUUCGCAACUGAAAUGGAACCAUCGGGCAGCGGAAAACUCCCAGCGCCAAGGCCUGUCGCUAACCGGAUGGAAAUUGAUUAA